CGCGGAGGCUCUGCCGGCCCCCUCCUGCCCCAUCCGCCAUGUGGCCCUUCCUCAGCCGAGCUCUCUUCCCGCCCCCCACUGAGGCCUGGCUCAGGAGGGCUUCCUCAGACCCUGAGGCCCAGGGCUGGGGGGCCUGGAGCCGGGCUGAGAAGACUCCUCUGGGCCCGGGGGCUGGGGACAGGGAGGAAAAGGAGACAGGGGAAGCGGAAGGGCCCGAGGAAGAUGCAGGCUUCCUGCUGUCUCUCCUGGAGAGGGGCGACCUGGCCGAGUGCCCGUUACCUGACCAGCGGAGCCUGGGGGCUGUCCCGCCUCCGGGCUCAGCCUGGGCCGCGCGCUGGCAGGAGCUGGAAGCCAUCAAAGUGAAGCUGUGGGCCAUGGAGCAGGCCCAGCGACCGAAGCCGCCCGGAGAGCAGGGCCCAGCGGGGGAAGAGGAAGACGCCAGGCCCCUGCUGGCCGGGCAGCUGCUGAGCCCCGAGACAGACAGCCCCACGGAGGCGGUGGAGGCCGAUCACAGAUCCGUCUACGUGGGCAAUGUGAACUACGGGGGCACAGCCCAGGAGCUGGAGGCCUAUUUCAACCACUGCGGGGAGGUCCAGCGGGUCACCAUCCUGUGCGACAAGUUCUCCGGACACCCCAAGGGGUCAGUUGGGGCUUCGGAGAGGGGCCGGGUGCCUGGGGGGCAGGGACGGCUCUGCGUGGGUGAGCGUGGCCCUCACCUGCCCCUGCCCUGCCCCAGCUAUGCAUACAUAGAGUUUGCCACCGAGAGCUCGGCCCAGGCCGCUGUGGAGCUGGACAAGAGCGUCUUCCGAGGCCGGGUCAUCAAGGUGCUGCCCAAAAGAACCAACUUACCAGGGAUCAGCUCCACGGACCGCGGGGGCCUUCGGGGACACCCAGGCGCCAGGGGGGGACCCUUCCCCCACAGCAACUUCCAGGGCGGGGCCCGUUUCAGACCACGGGGGCGGAACCGGUGGGCCGGGCCCUGGGAGGGCGGGAUCCUAUUGGAGCGGCGCCCGGUGGGAGGGGCUCUGUUGGGCCUGGCUAGGUCCGGUGGGCGGAGUCCUGGAGGCAGCUCGCCCCCUGGCUUCUCUCCGGGCCGGGGGCGCGGAAGAUUCUCGCCGUGGUAUUCACCGUAUUGAAGGGAGGGCCCGAUUUUGAGAGUGGGGCUGCGGCUGGGUCAGGAGUAGACAGCCGUGCUCCUCGUGGGACCAAUUUACUCCGCGCAGAAUAGCUAUCCGUCCCCCUUCCCUCGGCGGGAGGACGGCCCCACGGCCGAAGCCACCGGUCACGAA